AUGGUGGCCAACCUCCAAGAGCUUCCCGGGCUGGACGCUCUCCUUCGCACCCUCUAUCACGUCGACCACUUUUUUCUGGUGCAUUUGGACGUGAAGGCGUCAGCGCAGGCCCGCCAGGGGGUGGAGAGCCGCAUCGAGCGAGUGCUCGACGAGAGAGGCAACGGAGAGCGAAACGUGCGCUUCGUGUCCCCGGCCAUGCCCAUCACGUGGGGGGGCUUCACAAUGACGCUGAACGCUGUGUACGGACUGACGCAAGCUCUGCACUGGAACACCAAGUGGGACUACUUCAUCAACUUGAGCGCGUCCGACCUCCCUCUGUUGAAAGACGAGAUUGCGGGGAUCCUUGGGGAGCACAAAGCCGGCAACACUUCCUUCAUCACCGGUUUCAAGUAUGAACCAUCUUGGGAGGGCUACAAGUUUGUCGACAGGCGAGAGAUGUUUGCCGAAGACGAGGCCGUGAUGCGAAACACGGGCCGCGAGAAGCGGUGGCCCUGGGCCAUCCUAGACGCCCACAAGGAGAUGCUCCGGCGGCCGAUGCCCAACAUCUUCACCGUCCACAAGGGGGAGUUCUGGGUAAUGCUGCACAGGUCCAUGGCGGAGUACGUGCACAAGUCGCCGGACAACCAGGCGCGGAUGCUGCUCACCUACUCCUCGGGAAUGAUGGUGUCGGACGAGGAGUUCUUCCAGACCGUGGCGUGCAACCCGUUCUUCCCCCACGACACCCUGCGAGUCCACAACGACAACCUGCGGUUCGUGAACUGGUGGGGCGACCAGGCCAGCCCGGCCAUCGUCCCGACGUUUAGGGCGGUGGCGGCGGCGAACAGCGGGGCUCUGUUUGGCCGCAAGUUUUCGUCGAGCACGGAAGAGGGGAGGGAUGGGGUACGGUGGGUGGAGAGCUAUCUCGCCGAAUCUUCUCGGGGAAGGGUAAUCUCGGGGUGAACGAGGACACGGGGCGGCGGCAGCAGCGGCGGCGACGAUGGCGGCGGCGGCGGCGAAGACUCGUCGGCCGUGAAGGGAAAGGGGGUGAUGAGUGAUGAGUCGGAUAAACGGGAGAGGUGACGUGGCGAGGGGGUCGGGGAGUGGGGGUACGGGGCUUGAGGAGGGCCUAGGCUUGGUUGCGGGGGAGGAGGAGGGUGCCCCGCCCAGGCCCUUGACCAGAACGCGGAAAAAAGAGACUGAAGCGGCCCGAUUCGGUCGGAAGGAUAAUUACGUUGUCUGCUCUGGUCGGUGCGGUACUGGAGGGUAAGAAAGGGAGAUGUGGUGUGUGCGAUGCUGAAAACCAUCGCACACCCGACCAAUCUUCCCCUCUACUGUACCCCCCCUUGCCCCCCUUUCGAUUUUCUCUUCUGCCUCGGAUGCGUUCGAACCCCACCCCGAGCGUCUUGUUCGUUUGUUGGUGGGGGGGAAGGUUCUUGGAAAGUUCUUCUUGGCGAUAUGCGUAGAGCGAGACUUGAAAACCAGAAGUGGUGUCGUCGAGAAAAACUUGGGUUAAAACAGACACCGCCGAAUUCGGUGUUGAUGGGUGCGCAGAAGAAGUGACUCGUGUCGUCUUGUUGUGUGGUGGUCGAUAUUUGUGCCCGUUGUCUGCGAUUAUGUGUAGGUGAGAGUGGAGAGGGAACGGGGGGAGACGUGGGGGACCAGCUCGAGAGCUACUCAACGAGUCGCUUUCAUAGCAUGGUAUGGAGUACUCCUGCUGGUUGGUGUGUGAUCGUUCACGCUCUGCGAGGCCGCGGUCUGGCUGUAUUAUGCUGCGUUUCAGGAACUUUCUCCUGUCCGUGGUGGGGAGAUUUUGCGGGGGUCAUCUCAGCUGCUUGAGGCCCACCUUCCUUGUGGUGCUUGUUUUUUUGUCCUAUUGUUUGGUGUUGCCUCUUUGUUGAUAUGUUGGAGCAUGAGCAGCUCGACGCAAGUAGGUCCACUCGAGUGCAUAUGGUGCGGUUGAGUCCGGACGCGACCGCCCGGCUGCUGCCUGCCUUUGACAGCGUUGUGUAGACUGCUCGCUGCGUGAAGGUGAUCGAUUGUACACCACUCGCUCGAGUGGUCUUAUCUCUACCCACAGCAAGUCGGGGGGUGUAAGUUUUUGCGUUCGUUUAUGUCUUGUUUUUUUUCAAUUUUGCGUGCAUGCAUGAUGGGCCCGUGGCUGAUUUCGUACGACCCAUGUUUCUAUGUCUUUGUCUUUGUAUGAUACUCAUAUGGUUUCGUUGUUGUGCGCCUAUCGCUUUCAUUCAUUCCGAGUGCAGGAAGUGUUAGUGUUAGGAGCGUCUUGCAGUAUAAUUAGUACGAGUGUAAGAUGGUUGAUUCCAUUCGACGCACAUCCGUCGAUGAGAAAAAAUCUACAUGAAAGGUGUAGUCUUGAGUUACAAUUGGCCCGCCUGGUACAUGUGUACGAACGGCAAAAUAAAAACUCUCACAAGUAAUGGUUGUGGCGUAUCACACCUUGAGGGGGUUUGCAACAAUGCGGGGGUCCCAAAUAGUGUAGAGAUAGGAUGGAUGCUGAGGAUUUGAUUUUCGGCGUACAGAAGACGCACUAGACACCUUGUAUUGCAUGUUGGUCUCCUCGCUGAUCAAAAUCAGGAGUGAGGAUUGAGCAAAUGAUCAUUUGGCUGUAUAUUUAUCCCAGACAAGCAAGUCGUCUUACCGUCAUUCUAUCAAGGUAAGUAUAUUAUUUGUAGAAAUGUCACGGCAGAAUGCACUACUAGAAAAUAGUGAAGAAUUUUUUCUA